UGCCGGUGCAGAAGUUUAUCCUCGUCGUUCUGGAACUGCGAAUUGGAAGAGUCGUAUCUUUUGGGCGACAUUGGACGAUAUCAUGGGGGAAGCAUAUACCAGCGGUACUGCAGAAGCAGCAGCAGUAACAACAGCCGCCGCACACAGCGAUGCGCACAACCGAGUCCUUAUAAUUGGUGCCGGAAUAACGGGCCUGGCGCUUGCCCAAGGUCUUUCCAAGGCCGGCAUCGCGUGCACCGUCUUCGAGAAGACCAGCGCCGCUCAUGGCGAUCGCGACUGGAACAUGGGCUUGCACUGGGGGGCCCCAGUGCUGCAGAGCCUCAUGCCACGUGGCUGGUGGGAGCAGUACGUCCAGAGCCUCCAGGUCGACCCCAACGAACCCACCAAACCCCUCGACACCCUCAAAUGGCUCCGCGGUGACACCGGCGAACUCGUGGCCGCCAUCACCUUUGGACCCUUCUACCGCCUGCGACGGAGCAAGCUGCGUCAGCUCUUGUCCCGCGACAUCGACAUCCGCUACAACUUUCCGCUGCACGCCAUCUCAUAUCCCCCAGAUGGCCACUCCGUCACCGCUCACUUUGCCGACGGUUCCACUGCCACGGGUUCCAUUCUCGUCGGCGCCGACGGCGCUCACUCUGCCACCCGCAACAUCCUGCUUGGCCCCCAGCUAGGCGCCAUCAACCCCAUUCCCUAUGCCGCCACCUUCGUCCAGUCCACCUUCACUAGGGAGCAGGCUCUUCACCUGAGGUCCUUUCACCCCCUCUAUCUGGCCUCUGCCCACCCCAACAACUACUUUGCCUUUUUUGGCAUGCAACAUGCUCCAGAUGUAAAUGACCCCUCGUCCUGGACCUUCUUCUUCUACAUCUCGUGGCGUAGCAGCUUAGAAGAGCAAGAAGCCACCAAGCACUGGACGAGCGCUCAACGCCUCGCCCAGCAGAAAGAACUCGCCAAGCAGUUUUGCGACCCCUGGAAAAGCGCCCUGGAAUGGACCCCCGACGACACGCCCGUAUGGUAUCUUGGUCUUACCGAGUGGGAUCCUAGCCUGGAUGGUCAUCGCUGGGACAAUCACAACGGACGUGUCACCAUGGCCGGCGACGCUGUUCACCCCAUGACGUAUCAGCGCGGACAAGGUCUCAACCACUCCGUCACAGACGCAGGGAAGCUGUGUGACGCCAUCAUCAGAAUACACGCUGGUGACGAUCGGAAAGCUGCCAUCACUGCCUAUGAAGAGGAAAUGAUCAAGCGUGGAGGCGCAGAGGUCCGCGACUGCACAGCAAACACCGCCAUGUUGCACGACUGGGAGCGUGUCCGCCAGAGCCCUCUUUUCACAAAGGGCUUGAACAAGACUCACAUUUAGACUGCCACCCGUCCAUUUUCUUAUUUUCUCUUGCCAGUGACAUUGCACUUCUCUUUGCCGGUUACAUGAACGCUCUGCAAACUUCAUGUGAACACUAUAGUAACAUAACCACUCUCGUUUGUCAUACGACAGAGUGAGAUGCGACAGUCUCGUAGCAGAUACUACUGCCUAAUUUAUCUCCCCGUAUUCAACCCAUUCCACUCACUUUGCCAUCUCAAGCAACCUGGGCACCAGUUGCUUCUCCAUCAUCAUUGUGAACAUGCAGGCUUCAUCUGGCUUUCCUCCUGACGAAACCACAGCAUACAUCAUCGCA